AUGUCAGCCAACAUCUUUCGAGACAGCUAUGCCGAUCAGCGCAAUGAAGACCGCGCAUCUGCCACUCGGCGGCCGAAGAAGGCAAGCUUCAUGAACCUCGCCGGUGGAGGCAAAGCUAUUGCUGCUUUCGUUCUAAGUCUCUUUGCCUACACACUCCAAACAGAGUUUGCACAAUACGUCCAGCAGUCUCUCAACUACCGCAAACCUUUCCUCUCUCUUUAUCUCGGGCACAGUGGAUUUCUGCUACUCUUCCCUUUGCAUCUCUACUUUCUCAAAUGGACGACAAAACGUCCUAUCGCCCACUAUCUCCAUCUCAUUGCUCAGAACUUGAGAUGGCAGCUCGAGACUCCAGCUUCAACAUUACCCGUCCCAAGGCCCGACGCUGUUCGGCAUCGACCCAGCCAGGCUUCAGGUAGAGGCAGGCGGCUGGUCAGUGCAGUGGAUGCUCGAGACCGCGAGCCAGAGAGCUUAGGAAGGCGGCCGAUAUCUGCGCUGGAGCAAAAGUUUGGGUUCAACGUGCUGCGUCUUGCCGGUCUAUUCUUGGUGUUGACGGUUGGAAUCACAAUACCGGCGCUGAGCUGGUAUUGCGCGGUGCCGAUGACCUCGAUGGCUGAUAUCACAGCCAUCUACAACACUUUCUCCGUGUGGGCGCUUGUCUUCUCCGUUUGGUUUCUGGGAGAGAAAUGGCAGAAGAGGAAGGUCUUUUCCGUGCUGCUGGCUUGUCUUGGUGUCGUGAUUGUCGCAUAUGGUGGAGCAGAUCAUAGCAAGUUGCCAAAGCCGAUCGACCCAGUGCAUCGCAAACCGCCAACGUCUGGAGAUUCUGCAGGUGAGGUCGUCCGUCGCUCAAUACAAGCCCUUCUCUCUAGGUUGCUGCGAAAGAGAGAAGAAGAUGCCGAGCCGCCCGUCGGUAGCGCUUACAAUCCCGUCCUCGGUGACAUGCUGGCUUUCAUCGGUGCAGUCACGAUGGCGGCCUUUGAAAUGGCAUUUAAACUGAUUGGCACGCUACCCGACGAACAAAAGCAAGCUGAGAUGUACUCGGCUGUUCCCCGCGGUCGCAAUCGACGAUCACGCAGCUACGUCCGCUAUCAAGAUACCGACGAGGACUGUCGACAGCUUGGACACGAAAGCGAGGGUCUUCUCCGCAAUUCGACGUCAGAAGGACACCGUAGCGGCUUCAAUGCCGAUAUUGGCACCCUUUCUCACGACGAUACAGAGUCGCGUCAGCACGUUCUCGGCGGCCAUGAUGACGAUGAUGACAAGAGACGCGUCUCGAGCGACGCACGGACCUACUCAACUGUGGUCGACAAGCUCAUUGAGCAAGAUCACCUUGAUUACCAAAGCAUCACCCCUCCACCGGAGCCUUCCACCUCUUUCGAUGACAAGCAAGAGGCCAAAGCGGACAAUGUGCGCGUGCAUGCAAAAGCGGUUCGUGCCUCGAAUGGGGCUAAGGACAACAGGGACGAAGACGAGCAGAGCCAACUGACAGAAUCAGAACUAGACGAGGAGGAAGAACAACUGGUGCUUUCUGGUGCUACUCGCUUGCAUCGUACGCGCUCGCACCUCUCCACUUCGCAUCUAGCGUCCACUUAUGCAGACGACUCGCUUGAGGAUCCAUUGUCUGCCGGCCCAGCACCGGGACUCAGCGGCAGGACGUCGUGCUAUCGCAAAGUUUCCCAUCCUUCCAUCCCUCCGCCGCUACCCUUCGGCCUUCAUGCCAACGUUAUGACCGCCGGGAUCGGAGUCACAACCUUUACCACCUUUUGGGUUGGAAUCAUCAUCGCUCACCAGCUGGGAUGGGAAACCUUCGAGCUCCCGCACAAUCUUCGCACUUACGUCUCGAUUGCCAUGGUCGUGCUAUGCGGAAUCUUCUUCAAUGCGGCAUUCAUGAUCUUGCUCUCGCUUUGGGGACCUGUGCUUGCAUCGGUUAGCUGUCUGAUGACUACCAUUUUAGUCGAGAUUGCAGACGUGCUGCUUGGACAUAAGCUCAAGUGGAUCAGUGUGCUAGGCUGCACUUUCAUCGGAGCGGGUUUUGCGGUGCUCGUUGGUGGCGGUGAUGCGAUGCUUUAA